AUUGCAAACGACUGUUACUUCGUCUUGGUCUGAGACAGCGAUUUCACUUUUGGGUUUUAGAGAGAGAAAGCAAAACAGAGAGCACAGAAAUGGAACGAUUCGUGUUAUGAAGGAAUCAAUUCACAAAUUCACACUCACAACACCAAAUAGCAGAAAGAGAGACACUUCCAUACACACACACACGCACACAUAUAUACUCUUCCUCUUGUGUUUGUGUUUGUGAUUGUGAUUGAUUGAUUGUGCAUGGUUUCCACUGAUUCUUUCCUUUGCCCUAGAUCUUUCAACGCCCAUUCAGUUCUCUUCUUCUAAGAGAUCUUUCGAUUUACGUGAAUCUUCGAUCUUCAUCCUUACAGAUUUUUCUGCAUCAAUCCGUUGAAGAUUUCUUGUAGCUUAUUUUUCUUGAUUUCAUGUGUGCUCGAUGAGUGCUGAUUAUGCGUGGAGAUUUGUUGGGGGUGAAAAUUGUGAUUCAUUUUAAUAGAUGAAGACAGAAAAAGGUUGGCGUCUAGGCCUGAGUGAUAUGCAGAUCAUGCCUGGGUCUCGGCCCCGUCCUCCCAUGAAGAAGCCAAUGUGGAUUAUUGUCUUGGUUUUAUUUGUGUGUGUGUUUCUAAUAUGUGCUUAUAUUUACCCACCAAAAAGCAGUUCAGCUUGCUACGUCUUUACUUCUAGAGGGUGCAAGGCUAUUGCUGAUUGGCUUCCGCCUGCUCCUGCAAGGCAAUACACAGAUGAUGAGAUUGCAUCACAUGUUGUUAUUAGCGAUAUUUUGAACGCACCGCAAAUUCUUCCAAAAAAACCAAAAAUUGCCUUCAUGUUUUUGUCACCUGGUUCUCUACCAUUUGAAAAAUUGUGGGAUAAGUUUUUCCAAGGUCAUGAAGGGAAAUUCUCUGUGUAUGUGCAUGCAUCUAAGACUAAACCAGUUCAUGUGAGCCGUUAUUUUGUUAAUCGGGAUAUACACAGUGACCAGGUGGUGUGGGGGAAAAUUUCUAUGGUUGAUGCUGAGAGACGACUACUGGCAAAUGCCCUACAAGAUCCUGAUAACCAGCAAUUUGUAUUACUUUCUGAUAGCUGUGUGCCACUAUAUAAUUUUGAUUAUAUUUUUGAUUAUCUGAUGUAUACAAAUAUCAGCUUUGUAGACUGCUUUAGGGAUCCUGGUCCUCAUGGCAAUGGCAGGUAUUCAGAGCGCAUGUUACCUGAAGUUGAGAUGAAGGACUUUAGAAAGGGUGCACAGUGGUUUUCUAUGAAGCGGCAGCAUGCUGUUAUAGUUAUGGCUGACAACCUGUAUUACUCAAAAUUUCGGGCUCACUGUCAGCCAGGUUUGGAAGGGAAAAAUUGCAUUGCUGAUGAGCAUUACUUACCUACCUUCUUCCAGAUUGUCGAUCCUGGUGGAAUUGCAAACUGGUCAGUAACUCAUGUUGACUGGUCUGAGAGAAAAUGGCAUCCAAAAUCUUAUAGGGCUCAGGAUGUUACGUAUGAGCUUUUGAGAAAUAUUACGUCCAUUGACGUUAGUGUGCACGUCACUAGUGAUGAGAAGAGAGAAGUGCAAAGAUGGCCCUGCUUAAGGAAUGGGAUUCAGAAGCCAUGUUACCUAUUUGCUAGGAAAUUCACUCAUGGAGCACUGGACAGUUUAUUGCAUCUUUUGUCUAAUUAUUCAUCACCUUGAGCCAGUAAUUUUUGAUCAAUUCUUUGGUCGGAUCAGUUGUUGCUUUCGGCCCCCAUCUUGGUUUUCCAUAGGGCACGAAUUAUUGAGGCUUGAUUGCCUGCCAGCCGCAGAUAUUGAGUGCAAGGCUAAGUACUGGCAUUACAGCUAUGGUGGCCUUAUGUAUGCACAGGAGGCUAAGAUUUAGUGUUGCUUCCUUGGGAUCUGAGAGCUUGACUUAUUCCCCACCUUCCAUUAUGGGGUUAUUAAAGAUUUUUAAUUGCAUUACAAAUUUGGGGGACUCAUCAACUCAUAUUGUGGUUGUUGGUCUUUGUAAAACUUCCAAAUUGUUUAGCUGAAAAAUACGCAUGUUAGAAAUUCAUGGGUCAAUUCUUGUGCACAACUCUUUGAUGCUAGAUUGCUGGCGAAUUCUUGUCAGAUCUGAUCCAAUUUAAAUUAGGGAUUUGAAGUUUACUGUAUCCUGGGAAGAGUAGUAGGUAGCAUUACCUUGCAAGACAACUUGCUAGAGGAAUGAUGAUAGCAUUCACCGUUGUGCCAAGAUUUCUUUUAAUUUUCUAUGGGAAUGUGUAAUUUAUAUUUUAAUUUUGAAACAGUAUUUUAUGGAUGUGUUCAACUGCAGUAGUUUUUUUAUUUGCUACCUUUUACUCCUGAUUCAA